UUAAAAUUCUCAAGCCAUACAAUAAUCAAAAUAAAUGGCACGAAAGGGCGGCGAAUCUACUGCUACGGCUUAUCAACAACUUAAAAAAAAGAAGAAUGGAGUUCAGCAGAAGAUUAUACAAAAGUAUAAGCAGAGUCUUACCUCAAGAGCAGGACUCAAACUGCCAGUAAGCCACGUGGACAAGUUGAUUCGGCAGUUAGUUCCGCAAAAAAUUAACCGCCCAGCUAGUAUUUUCCUCACAGCUGUGCUGCAGUAUUUGUGUUCCGAACUCCUGGUAAUAUCCAAAAUGGCUAUGGAGACCCGUGAAAAACUGAUACUACCACGACACAUUGAAAAGGCCAUCCUCCACGACGACGAAAUUGCCAGGAUGCUGCCUGGCGUAAUAAUCAGCAAGAUAACAUCAAAAAAGAAUAACCACAAAAAUAAAUAUUACAUUUGCCACUAG